AUGGAUCAGCCUUCCCCAGAUUCUCGGGGCUGUGACUCUCCUCCAGAUGCUCCCCGGACGCUAUUGAUGCCGUCAAGGAGUGUUCGGUCUCUUCAAGGUCCCAUAUCCCGGACGGAUCGAGGGCCGACAUUACAUACCAGCAGGACUUGGACGACGAGCAGUGGCGAUCAUGGUAUCAUGAGUGAUACAGACGAAUGGGAAGACCGCGCAUCGUUUGUCCAAGAGUACAAUCGCCUCGCGACCAAGCACGGAGUAAGGAUCUUGGUCAUUGAGGACUUUGACUUUCGGAAUCCUACAAACCAGCCUACAAGUCCUCGCAAACCAUCAUGGCUCAGGCGCAUCCUACGGUCCGUCUCUAGCCAGCCUACGUCGAUGAAGGCACCGGUACAUCAACUUCCCCGUCACAAGCGAAGCGUCUCGGAUUUUGCCCACAGUUUGCUACACCGCAACGAGUCCCCCAAAAGGCUUGACCUCCAGACAAUGGUGCGAAUCUGCGGCAAGAGUACGCUCUAUCUCCCGUCCGAGUACGCCCCGUCUGCUCUCAUCCUACCGACUAGCAUCCGUGCUACUGCGCAUUACCUCUCUCAAAAUGUUCCGACGCGGGGAAUCUUUCGCAUUCCGGGAUCCGUUCGGGUUGUCAAUACCCUAUACGACUAUUACUGUUGCAUAGAACAUGGCAAUGCUGGCAUCACGGGCACUGUCCGAUGCCCUACCCUGCCAACGCAUGUUCAUGCCUCUGUCAACGAUGUCGCUUCAACCUUUAAGCGUCUUCUCUCGGUCAUACCUGGCGGCAUCCUUGGGUCACUGUCUCUCUUUGAUGCCUUUGUUGCUGUCAAUUCCCAACUCCAAGGAGAUCCUGAGCUCACUCGCACGAAACAGUCCAGGGUACGGGCACGACUCAUUGCCCUGGCCGUCGCAACAGUUGAGUCGCAGUUUCGAAGAGAGCUCAUCUGUGCUGUAUUUGGGUUACUCAGCUUGGUUGGACGACACGCCGAGACUACGCCAAGGGAGGAUGAAUCAGGACGCCCACUCCCGACUACAGACUUGAUGGGAUACAAUGCGCUUGGCAUCGUCUUUGGGCCAUUGUUAUUGGGAGAUAUGUUGGAACACUACACCAUGAAACUGGCCGCCCCGAAAUCAGGACUAUUGGUGCUUCCCCUGAGAUCCCCGAAACUUCACAAAGACCGUCGCAGGGGGAGGACGUCCGAGACCAAGGACUUUCGCCCUCCUACGGUAGACAAGAUCCACAUUGCAAAUACCAUUGCAGAGAUGCUCAUCUCCAACUGGCGGGAUGUGGUGCGGCAGAUGAAGUCUCUGGACAUUCAUCGACAAGAAGACUUGCCAAACCCUGGUCGGCAACACGAGUCUUUGCCAUCAUCUCAGUCCAACUUUGUCCUCGCCAAACCUCAAGGCUGGGACCAGACCUGGAGCAGCGGACAUGAAGAGAUACCUAGAGAGGGAAGUCCAAGUUUGGCAACGCCGACGCCCGGAGUAUCAAGACAACGGUCGAGGAGCCACAGCAGUCCAAGAUCGACGAGACUUGUUACGCGACCCAGUGUGGGUAUACUCAGUCCAACUGUCGAAGAGACCAGCCCAGACGAUGGCAAUUCUCGAGAUGCACAGAGCCUGACCAGGCGCCCUGUCUCUGGUAAGGGGAAAGAUGGCACGCCUUGCCGUCGACCUGGACAAGUCAACACCUCGCCGAGACCAGAAUCCAUGCCACCUCUUAUGCAGAGAGCCGGCUCUACUAGAUCUAGAGAGACUGGGGAGACCCUAGCAGAUGUUCUGAGUGGCAAGCUGGAGGAGUCGACACUGCUGGGCUUCUCAAGAAGGUCUAGCUUGCCUUCUCGCCUGCAAUCGAAGCAAAGACCAGAUCCAACGAAUGCCUCCAAAUCCAAGCCACCCAAAGCAACCAAGGACGUUCCCAUCGAGCGAAAGAACGCGAUACGAAGGAAGAAGAACCCAGCAAAAGAUAAACAUCGAAAGAAGUCUGGCUAUCAACCAGUUGCUGUCGAGUGGCCAGACACAACUACCGAAUCAUCAACAGCGACAGACUUUCGCGACUCUCAAUCUAUUCAUCUAGAGAUCUCAGAACAAGAGGCCCUAGAGGCAGCGAUUAAGGCUCAUGCCGAGGAGAUGAAGCAGUUGGAGGCAUUGGAUGCAGCAGAGCAUCAAAGAAACCCUGUUAGCGGCCACCACACCGAGAGGCAAGGACUUCCGGACAUCAAGAUGGAAGAGCCCAUUCAGAACGGCGAGAACAAUUAUUUUGCUUCAAAUGUGGUUACACAACGAGACAGCAAAGCACCUGCGGAUCAUGCUUCCCUUGUACCAACGCCAAGGGAGUUUUACUCGCCGAUGCAAACACCUCUCAGUCUAACCGAAGAGAAUGUUUCCAUCUCCACCCAGGCCCAGGACACUGGUGAGUUGGAUGAAGGUAUUCGAGAUGUUCAACACCAAGCAGACUAUUCUGGCAAACCACCAGAGGAAAUACCUCUGCCGGACUCUCCUUCAUGGGUUUCUCUUAUCCCCAAGAGACAGCCUCUGACGUCCCUGCGACGGUGUGCAUCUGAAGCGGCCAACAAACCACGGAACGUCAAAGCCAUAGCUGCUAGGUUUGAAGGUGGCACAUGCUCUACUGAUUCAUCGCCACCGAGAACAAAGUCUGAAGGCAUGGCACACAGCUUUAUACCUCGCUUUUCACAACAAUCUCCUGCCAAGGCCCUGCGCCAUUCAAGCUCAGGUUCAACAUUGGGACGGCACAGUCUGCCUAAUAUCUCGACACCAAACAACUCCCAACACCCGUCUGAAAGCCCCAGCAUUCGCGACUACGAGUUGAGAGCCUCCAUUGGUGAAAAGGCAGCCCUCAGGGCACUCCAACUUCAACAGUCUGAACAUUCUGCAAUGUUGGCGAACCGUCAGACAAUUCCACCCAGGAAGCCUGUGCCGGGAGACAACGCACCCGAGAUUUCCCUGCAGAACCCGCCAAGUUUGGGGACCAUGAUCCCACACCCUGAGCAACCCCCUAUUGCUCACCAUCUCAACCUUGUCCGGCCUUCAUCAUCGUCAUCUAACCUCCAAGAUGGCCAAUCCACCUCCAGGAGCACUCAUGAUAGUUCAACCCUCAUCUCACGACCCGGAAGUGCAACAACUCUGCUUGCACAGAUCCGAACCCUUCAACGCCAGUUGCACCAAAAGACAGAAGAGACACUUCACCUAAGAAGACAACUCGAGGUUCAAGAAGAUGCUGACGUGGGAACACUAAGUCAACAACUGAGAGAGGCGAAAAGGGAGGCACAGAUGUGGAAGGAGAGGGCAGAAGCUGCAGAACGAAGGAUCAAGGUGUUUGAACGAUUCACAGCUCGACUUAGGGGUAUUCAGGAGGCGGCCACUGUAAUAGAGCCACACGACUUGAGUGACGACGCGAUCGACACGGAUCACGAGGAUGAAUCGAGAGAGGGACAGACAUUGGGAAGAAGAACUACGAGGUACGAAAGUGACGGUUCUAGGAGAACAGAGGAUGCUGGCGUUGUCACGGCCCGAAUUCGCAAGUGUUUGCAUGGUCCGGGAAAGACGGAUGGCGCUCCGGACAGUCCUCCGUUGUCUGAGGCUAGACAGGCCCAGAACGUUUCUAACAGAGCGGCAAAGGAUAUCAACCAAAGUGCCGUUGAGAUUUGGAUGGCGGCACAGGAACUAUUGCAUUUCGAAGAGGAACAAGGGCAACGUUUGACACAGGAUGGGAGGCAGCCAAUCGAGGGAGAUAUCUUAUUGGAGGGAGUUUAA